AUGUUUACCAUCCGGCAAGCCGUCGGCAAGGGCCUUGGCGUUUUUGCAGCAAAACCAAUCAUCAAAGGUCAACGAAUCCUCGCUGACCGGGCUCUACUCACGCUCACCCCCUCGGACACCAGCGGCUCAAUCCUCCGGCAAGCUCAUGCGCUCCCAACAGCCGGUCAGAAAUCACUUCUCUCACUCUCGAUUAAUCCCAGCAAGUCAGGCGUCUUGAGUUGGACGGAAUCGCUAUGGCAGAGUAAAACGACCCCGGGAAGGACCGUGCUCAACCACACCAUUCUCAACAUCUUCCGCAACAACAAUUUUGACAUUGGCAACCAAAUUCAAGCGCUUUUCCCACAAGUGGCGCGGCUUAACCACUCAUGCGUCCCAAAUGCGCAGGGGAAUUUCAACAAGAAGCUGGACGCCUUCACAAUCCACGCUACGAGAGAUAUUAAACCAGACGAGGAGAUCACCAUUUCGUACCUGGACGAGCAUCUAGGACUACGCCAUUCCAGACAGAGCGUCCUUCAGAAUGGAUAUGGAUUCACCUGUGACUGCACUGCGUGCAACUCAUCGACAGCAGAUGCGGGCGAGGCAAGACGGAUCGAGGUGGCGCGCAAACUGGAGCGAUUCGCUGAACUCGCUUCGGAAGACCCGAAUGACGAAUUCGAGAUGAUGCUCACUCUUUUGGAGGCUUACGACGUGGAGAAGAUUCGGGGACGCGAGGUUGCAACCAUUCACAUCGCGGCUGCGCGCAAAGCAUUCGAACUUGGUAAGACUGACCAGGGACGGGAUCUGGCGUUGAAGGGAUUGCAGCUGGAAGAGGAGGCCGUGGGUAGAGACAGCCAGUUUUACAAGUCCACGCGGAAGCAAGUCAAGGGGCUUGGAAUCGAACUUGGAGUGUGA